CGUCGCUUUGCUGCAUCGCAUACACUGUCUUUGCGCAACGUUUUCCUUGUGCUCUUUAACACACACACACACGGUCAUGGAAACGUUCGGCCGCGCUACGGGGCAACGGCUGAACAUGUCAAAGGUGGAGCUACUGCGGGUCGGCUGUCUGCCGGCAGCGCCCGGACCGGCCGCUGCGGUGGCCGGCGCAGCCCCUGCCGUGCCCGGCAUGCCCGCCGCGCCUGACGUGCCUGCUGUGGCGCCCGCCGCACCGGCUGCGCCCGCCGCGCCUGACGUGCCUGUGGCGCCCGCUGCACCGGCUGCGCCCGCCGCGCCUGACGUGCCUGCGGCGCCCGCCGCACCGGCUGCGCCCGCCGCGCCUGACGUGCCUGUGGCGCCCGCCGCGCCGGCUGCGCCCGCCGCGCCUGACGUGCCUGUGGCGCCCGCCGCACCGGCUGCGCCCACCACUGGACCAGCCGCAGCGGCUGCGCCUGGGCCUGGCGAACAGGAACAGAUAUGCGGCCUUAAGGUGGUCACAGCGGCCACCGCCCUCAGCGUGCCGUUCAGCAGUGACCCCACACGGCUGCGGCUGGACUGGACAGCCCGCAUGCGAGAGGCCAGGCGCCGCCUGCGGCGUGUCGCCCACCUGGGACUCUCAGUCUUUGGCCGCGCCAGUGCAGCUUCAGCCUACUGCACCUCCAUGGUGACAUGGCACAUGGAGCACAGCGGGUUGCCGGACGACAUAGCCCAGGAACUGGAGCGAUUGGUGGCGCGGGUGGUCGACCGCCGACUGGCCCCGGACUCGACCAAGAAGCGCCUUACGGGCAUCCCGACGGAGCUGCUUUAUGGCCACCCCACCACUGGCGGCUUCGCCGCUUCGGCGCACUACCUAUCCGGCAGCACUAGCACGCUGACGGCAGUUCCGGUGGCGGAGGGCGCCAGCGACAUCAUCCCCAGCCACCCGCUCCCCGAGGAUACCGAGCGCACGGUUUCAGCGCUGGGGUGGCUGCCACUGGUGCAAGCACUGACUGAGGCACCGGAGCCUGGUGCCUGGUGCUUCACGGCGCCGCUGUGGGGCAACCCGCUCCUCACCCCGUCCCCCGCGGCGGCCAACGGCGAGCAGGAGGAAGAGGAUAGCGGCAGCGAUGGCGAAACAGGAGUAGCGCGGCGCACGCAGGGGCGUGGUCUCGAGUACCGCCAUAGGACGCUGCGAGCCUGCGCGCGUCUGGUGACCAUCGGUGACUUAGUGCGAGCCCACGCUGCACGACCACCUGCGGCGGCUGCAGUCGACUGGGAGGGGUGGCUGCGAGACUACCUUGCGCCGUCAGAUGGCCGUCGCAGGCGCCGUGGACCCACGCUCGCCGCGCUGCAGGGCCUUGUCAGCGACAUCCCGCCAUCAUGGUGGAGUGCAGCGCAGGCUCACGCAGCACAGCUGGCGAGCCCUGGCCCGGCGCGCGCCGUCAAAAAAUAGUAUAAUGGGGGUUCUGGGACAGCUCCGACUAAACCCCAACUAACUCGUGUACGGCACCCCCAACCCCCUCAGCCGUACAGGAGCUGCAAUUGGGUGUCAGUAGCUGCCGCGGGUGGGAGCUGGUAGUUGCACGGAGGGCCGGUUGGGAAGCUGCCGAGCCAGGGGUAUGAACACAGGUCGUUGGCGCGAGUCGGGUAGCGGCACUCAAGCAUGUACUGGUUGGUCGUGUAUCCGUUCUGUAAGGCAACCGACUGCAAGCGCUUGGGAUAGCUAACACUGUCGGGGUAGUAGGAGCUCUGCGGCAGCGCGUCCAUGCCCGCCUUGAAUGCAGCGUUCGUGGUGUUGGGCGUGUCGGUCAGGUUGCGCCCGAGCACCCAGGUUGCGACAGUCGGAGACGUGAGGAUUACCUGGCGCAGGUAGAAGUUGCCAAGCCCAAAGUUGAAGGCCCCGUCGGCUGACGUAGUGAUGCAAAUCCUGGCAGGAAGGGUCAGCGACUGCGAGGCGGCAACCAGCUGGUUCGUGUAAUAGUCGAGCCGAUCCAGAUCCAGCUGCACGUCCAGGGUUGCACAAUACGUGACCUCAUUCUCAAAUACGCGUGUUAAUACGUCGUAUUACGUUUUGCAAUACGAUACGCUACAAUACGCUGCAAAAUACGCCGCCCGCCUACGUCGGGAUGUUAGGAUGUCGGCUGGGAUGUUGGGACGUCGGGAUGUUGGGGAAUCCCUCUCGGAAUGGGGCUCCUUCCCGCGUGCCGGUUCCGCGACCGCAGUUGGACAUGAUAUAUCGAGCUUAGUUGAUAUUUGCUCUGGAAGCGAUCGUGCGGUCGCGUGUUUGGGUUGACAUACCAGCUCGACAUGCUAAGCAUGCCAGCCAUGCCACCACCCCGGCUCCCCAAAACGCGUCGUGCACAACGUAUUUCGCACGUGUUAGCCUCGGCACAUGACAAUACAAUACGUAUUACCGCGAGACAAUACGUAUUACGUAUUGUGCAACCCUGGUUGCGUCAGCCCCUCACAAAAAGCAGCCGAGCACUGCAAUAUUCUGACCUGUCGCGAUGCUUGCGUGUGUGCGUGCCCAGUGUUGAGAAUUUAUUUUACGCCCUUCCUGAGUUUACGGUAGGCAUCGGUGCUCAGGUCCUCCUGCAGCUGCUUCGCAGGCAGCCAGAGCUAGACAGCGGCUUCCUGCUGCAUUGAGGUCAGGUGGUCUGGCAUUCCUGACAAAGGCUAUUUCAGAGCCGCUAAGCCUCUGGAGGGAUCUGCACAGGCCUCUGAACGGCUCUGGAGGGCUCUAAAGGGGUCUGGAGGGGUCUGAGCUGGUCUGAGGGCUCUGGAGGGCUCUGGAGGUUGGCAACGCGCAUGCUGGGCGGGCCAGUACCCAGUUUGCCCACUAUCCAGUUGCAAAGGCCGUGGCAACCCACGCCAUGCUGAAAGCCAGCCGAGGUGGGUAUUACGGAGUUAAUGGAUUCCAG